AUGGCAAAACGCAGCGACGCCGAGAAGUCGGCCGUCAACUUGGACGACAUCGACUUUGACGAGCUGGACGACUAUCUGGAGCUGUUUCAACAGGACGGUGUGAUCAAAGAGGCUUUAUCCAAGGGCGUGGACCUGCGUGAGUAUGCACAACAGAUCGAAGAGGAGCUGCGCGCGGCCGAGGCGGCGUCUGUAUCCCAGUACGUCAUGAAGUCCGCUGAUAUCGUAGAGCUGCACGACGAGGUGCAGGACUGCGAUAAUCUAUUGGCUAAAAUGCAGGAGAUGCUGCUAGGUUUCCAGGCCGAUCUAGGCGGCAUCAGUGACGAAAUCCGCCACUUACAGGACGAAUCCAUUGGGAUGAACGUAAAGCUCAAGAAUCGCCGUGAGACGGAGGAUAAACUACAAACCUAUCUAGAUCAAGUGGCAGUGGCUCCAUCUCUAGUUAAAACUAUAGAUGAAGGGGAAGUGAACGAGGCGUAUCUCCACGCUUUAGUCACACUCAACGGGAAGCUCCGCUACGCAGCACUAAGCGACCCCGACCCGUCCGGCUCCAGCUUUGAUCUGGUCCCGUCACAAACUGCAGCUUUUAACGACGUGGAGGCUCAACUUAAGAAAUUAAAAGCAAGAGCUAUUGCCAGGAUUCGCGAGUUCUUACUGGCCAAGAUGAACGAAGUGAAGAAGCCGAAAACCAACGUGCAAAUGGUGCAGCAGAAUACGCUACUACCUAUGAAGUAUCUGGUGACUUUUCUGGCAGACAACGCGCCGGGAGUGGAGGAGGAAUUCAGAGAAGUGUACGCUGAAGCCAUGAGCAAGACGCUGGUGAACGUGUUCAAGUCGUACCACACAGGACUCAUGAAGUUCCACGAGGAAGUAGCAGCUCGUACUGAUGUCAUUGUGGUGGACGAGCAGUCGUUGAAAGGGAUUUUUAGCUACCGCGUGAAUUUGAGCAAGAGGAACGACACAUUCUCAGUUACUGAGCGUGAGAAGAUCUUGGAGACGGCGUCAGCACCGCCGUUGAUUCUCCAUGUUGCUCAACAAGAAGGGCUGAAACUAUCGUAUGAAGCAGUGUUCCGUAACGUGCAGCAGCAUCUGAUGGACUCAGCUACAUCGGAAUAUCUGUUCUUGAUUAAGUUCUUCAAGCCUACCAACCAACAGGAGAACGUGUUCCGUAGUCGUGACUUGUUCAUGCGUGUGUUUGCCAAGACACUGUCGCUAUGUCUCGAGAAUAUGGAGAACUAUCUGUUCACGUGCUACGACGCCAUUGGGCUUCUGCUUAUGAUCCGUCUUACAUACGCUCAGAGAUUGGUGAUGGAGAAGCGUCGUAUCCCGUGUUUGGACGCGUACUUUGACCGUGUGGCGCUGCUGUUGUGGCCGCGUUUCAAGGCUGUUUUCGAUCUCAAUUUGAUGAGCGUGAAGAACGCAAAGGCCAAGAAACUGGGACCGAUUGAUCUGCAUCCUCACUUUGUCAUUCGACGCUAUGCUGAGUUCGCCUCCUCCAUCCUCAGCUUGAGUAUGUACACGCAGCAGAAUCAUACCAAGUCUGGUGACGACUCUGCGAUCUCGACCGCUCAGAUGCAUGAAAACGGAGCAGGUGACAUGGUUCUAAGUAACUUGACGGCGAUGCGGGACGAGAUCCUGAGCUUAUUGAGUCGAUUGUCGGAGCAACACAGCAAUGCGAAGGACAAAUGCGUGUUCCUUAUCAACACCUACGACCUCGUACUCACACACUUCGAGGAGAGACGUGUCAUUUCAGAGGAGACUUCGAAGUUCGAGGAGCUGCUGGCUGCUCAGCGGGAGAAGUUCGUCGAGGAAGAGCUGAUGACGUAUUACGCCAAGCUUAUCCAGUUUGUUCGACUACAUGAGCAAGUUACACUCGGCAAAGGAGGCUCGUCGACGGGAAGUAGCCAGCAAGUUGACACUGCGCAGGUAGAGAAGAUCGUGCGGGAGUUUGCAGCGACGUGGAAGGCUGGCAUCGAGAAGAUGAACAGCAAUGUGAUGACGUACUUCUCGAACUUCCGCAACGGCAUGGAGAUACUUAAGCAAGUUCUCACGCAGUUGCUGCUGUACUACACGAGGUUUGUGGAGAUUAUCAAGCGGAACUACCAGCGACCUCCUUCAUUCAACUCGGAGAUUGUGACGACGCAGGAGAUUCUGUACGAGAUCAAGAAGUAUAGUCGGUCAUUCUAG